AUGGCGCCUCAUGCCGAAGACUCUUCAUCUGCCGCUGAAUACGCCGAGCGCGUCUUCCAACACCUAGAAGACAACCGCCCCUCUGACGCACCUGCCGAUUUCUCAGAUCCCCAACCAGAGAAGCCCAAAGCCACUCAGCGAUCGAAGACUGAGGAGAUCAAGGCCCAGUUGAUUCAGCGUAACAACGAUGCCUCUGUUGAGUCCCACUCUCGUUCCAUAUCUGGUAAGUUCCGCCUCCAACACAUUGGGUCCUUCGGCGACGGUCGUGUAAAGGAGCUCGUUGCCAACUACGAAGCUCGAUCUCACCGUACCGAGGAGUCAGCUAAAGAAUCCGAUCGACGCCAUCGUGUACUUGCGAAGGAUACCGAUGCCGCAAAUGGUGACGAAAGUGAGGAGGAUGAGAAGGGUUGGAUCAAGGUCGUUGAUGCGGACUUAGAUUGA